UCGGUCUCCCUCUCCACCGUUUAUUGGAGCUGAGUUUCCGGGAGGUUUUGAUCCCCAGUUGCCUCAUUUUGGGCGGCUGUGCAACUUCUGGGCGUCCGGCAAGGCUGCUCCUGGGCUCCACUCCGGGCAGGUGCGGCUCCCUCUCUCCCUCGGGCUGCCAGGAGGGCUUCUCCCCGCCAGGAGGAAGGUGCCACCAGGAAAACCUUUGCACAAAGUUCUGCUUGCAGAAUCCAAUCGGGGUCAGUCACCAGGGCCAGAGGUUUCGUCUUCUCAGCUUUCGGACUCAUGCUGGAUCCCCUCCUCCUGCCCAUCUUCCAACCUUUUGGCCAAAGUUCUGCUUGUUUGAAUUUCCUCUGAUAGGAAGUUGUGGAAGUGAGCAGCCCUGGAGACUAUGCAGAGGGGGAAACACUUUGGCCAAAGGUCCCCCCAGAGGAAUCAGGGGAGACUCUUCAAAUGCUCUGAUUGCGGGAAAUCCUUUGCUUACCGGUCUCUCCUUUUGAUCCACCAAAAGCUGCACACGGGAAAUGGAUCCCAUCUGUGUUACCUUUGUGGGAAAUCCUUUCCUGGAGUGUGGAGCUUUGCCAAACAUCUACGGAGCCACCCAGGACUGAAGCCUUACAAAUGCGGAGAGUGCAGGGAGCGUUUUGCUAAAGGCUUGCACCUUGGAGCCCAUCAGCGAAUCCACCAGGGAAAGAGACCUCAGGAGUCCUGGAAGCGCUGGGGAAGAUUUCCUGAGAGAUGGCAUUUCUCUAGGCCUCAGAACAGCCCAACUGAAGAGAAGCCCUGCAAGUGUGUGCAAUGUGGGCUGUGCUUUUCCCAAACCUUGCAGCUGCUUAAACAUCAGGAAAUCCACACCAGAGGAAAACCUUAUCAAUGUCUGGAGUGUGGGAAAUCUUUCCGUUAUAAACAAUUGUUUAGAAGACAUGAGAAAAUUCACACAGCGCAGAGUCCUUAUAAAUGCCUAGAAUGUGGGAAGUGUUUCACUCAGAGCUCAUCUCUUUGCAAACACAAUAAAACACAUACAAAGGAGGGAAGCCAAACGUGCCUAGAAUGUGGGAAAUCUUUUUCCAACAAAUCAUGCCUGCUGCAACAUCAGAGAAUUCACAGUGGGGAAAAACCCCAUCAAUGUCUUGAACGUGGGAGAUGUUUCGGCUGCAAGUCAAAUUUAAUUCAACAUCAGAGAGUUCACACCAAAGAGAGACCCCGUCAGUGCCAAAAAUGUGGGAGGUGUUUUGGCCAGAAGGCUCACCUAAUUCAACAUCAAAGAGUUCACACUGGGGAAAGACUCCAUGAAUGCCCAGAAUGUGGGAAAUGUUUUGGCUACAAAUCACAACUAAUUCAACAUCAGAGAGUUCACACUGGGGAAAGACCCUAUCAGUGCCCAGAAUGUGGGAAAAGAUUUGCCAAUUCUUGUAACCUUCAGAAACACCAAAGGGCACAUAGGGGUGAAAAACUAUAUAAAUGUAAUGAUUGUGAUAAAUGUUUUUCUUGUAAGGAAACUCUUUUUCGACAUCAAAGUAUCCAUACAGGUGUGAAGCCCUAUAAGUGUAUUGAGUGUGGAACAUUUUUCCGUACAGUACAAAUCCUCAGAAGUCAUGAGAACGUUCACAGAGGGGAAAAAAAGUUCAAAUGUUUAGAAUGUGGAAAAGCCUUUGCUUCUUCAUCAUCCCUUAGAAUUCACUGCCAAGCCCAUACGGAUGAGAAAUGCCACAAGUGCUCAGUUUGUGAGAAAUCUUUUACCCGGAAAAGUACACUUUUGAUGCAUCAGAAAAUCCACUUAGGGGAGCAAUAUAAAUGCCCAGAGUGUGAGAAAUCUUUUAGUUGUAAAUAUUAUCUUAGAAAACACAAGAGGAUUCACAAAGGAGAGAAGCCUUUCAAGUGUGUGCAGAAAAAUGAAAAGUGCCCAGAAUGUGGGAAAUGUUUUCGCAGAAAGUCACAAUUAAUUGAACAUCAGAAACGUCACACUGGAGAAAGACCCCAUCAGUGCCCAGAAUGUGGGAGAUGUUUUAUUGAAAAGUCAUACCUAAUUCAACAUCAGAAACUUCAUACUGGAGAAAGACCCCAUCAGUGCCCUGAAUGUGGGAAAUGUUUUGGCAGAAAGUCACACCUAAUUCGACAUCAAAGAGUUCACACCAAAGAAAGACCUCAUCAGUGCCCUGAAUGUGGGAAAUGUUUUGGCAGAAAGUCAAAUUUAAUUCGACAUCAGAGAGUUCACAUUGGACAAAGACCCAAUGCCCAGAAUGUGGGAGAUGUUUUAUUGAAAAGUCACACUUAAUUCAACAUCAGAAACUUCACACAAUGCACAAUCUAUGAGGUAUCAUUUUGAACCAGCUCCCUGCCCAACCGAUGAUCAAUAGCAGCGGUUAUACCAAUCUUUAAAAAUCUUUAUACCAAAUCUUUUAUCUAGUCGAAUAUUAAAGACCAAUCUCCCUGUGUUGCAUCACAUGUAAAGUCAUGGAAUCAAUUAUAAAGCAAUCCAUCACCCUCCACCUAGAGACAAACAACCUGCUAUAUGACAAGCAGUUUGGUUUUAGAAAAAAAUUGUCCUAUAAACUGCAACUCCUAGACUGCAGAAACAUCUGGACCACACAUCUUGAACAGGGUAAAGCAGUAGAUACAAAAGCCUUUGAUUCAGUGGUACACAACAAACUACUGUCAAAGCUAAGUUCUUACGGCAUCUCUGGAUCCAUGCACAAGUGGAUAGCCGCGUUCCUGUCCAACAGGCAACAAAGAGUCAAAAUAGGGAGGGCUCUUAUCAAAUCCGGCACCAGUUAACAGGGGUGUCCCCCAAGGCAGCGCUUUAGGACUCACACUCUUUCUGCUUUACAUCAACGAUCUAUACAAUCAAAUUAAAACAGCUGCGUCCUCUUCGCUGACGAUGUAAAAUUAUUUAAUAGUAAAAAGACUGGAGAUGUUUUGUUGAAAAGAAACACCUAAUUUUGACAUCAGAGACUUCAGACUGGAGCAGACUCUAUGAAUACCAGAACCUGAAAAAAGAUUUGUGGAUUCUGCUGAAUUUUGUAGACGCCAUGUGAAGUAUCCGUGGGUGACCGCCACACCUACACAAGGAAUUGUGUGACAACACACCAGAAGGGACACACAGGAAAGUGAAGGAAUAGAGCUACAAACAUGAGUGGCCCAUCAGAAGCGUGAAAAAGCCGCAACUGGUGACCCCGACGUGAUCUUGCUGAUCAAGCACGUCGCCUCAUCCGUCUCACUUGGAAUCCUCAUGCUCACCGGCGAAGGAACGCCUCUUGCAUACCAGGACGGGCCGUCGCAGACAGAGCAUCCUCCCAGAAUCAGUACUUUCGUCCUUCUCCCUCCACCGAAAGAAAGGAAUAUCCUGCCAUCAGUUGGUGCCACUGCAGUUGAUCCGGCAGGGGGAAAAAGCCUCUGAAGGGCAAGGUGUGUGCUGCCGCUGCUGCUGCCAGGCACAUCCUCGCAGGAGAACACCCCGGGAAGGCUCCGUCUGUGCCUAGACCAGGAGGCAAAAGUCAAGGGUUGUUCUUGGAUCGGAACCCACCAAACUUGUCUGGUACCGCGUUCUAGAGAAUUUGGAAAUUGUGGCUUAUUAGAGAAGCAGCUUUGUGCACCAAAGGCCAUUUGGUCAGGCAAUAUUUAACUGGUCAGCGGUGAAGGUCAUCUCUGGCCUUGACUCAGAGGGGGAACAAGUAACCCAGAGACCUCUUAACUAUAAAUUUAAAGGUGAGUAAAUAAAUCUUGGUUUGGGGAAUAAGCUUUUUUCAUCUUUCUUUGUCAAAAUGCCAGUGCUACCAAGAUGCAGAGUGAAGGCGUAAUUCCUUUAAUCAAUAUUUGUUGAAGAAGCCACUCUUGAUGGAGUUGGAGGUGGACCCUGGUCAGAAGGCCACAGAGUGGGGGAGCUUGGUGCAUGCACCCCUGAAGCCAGAAGAGGCUCCCUGGGAACUCAGCUUGAGAAAUAAAAUAGUGUGAUCCAACCUUUACCUACAAGUCAACUACCAGAAACAGCAGAAAAUAGUGGAAGGCAGCAGCCACCAACAAGUAUGGAACAUGAGAAACCCUUGACUCUCCCGUCAGACACAAGCAACACUCCAGAAAACCAUCAAACAUAUAUAUGCUCAGAGUGUGGGAAAACCUUUGCUUGCUGGCCCCACCUUUUGACCCACAGGAAGAUGCAUUUUCAAAGCGGAUCCAGUCAAAAUUUGGAAGGUGUCCUAAAACCCUAUAAAUGUGAGGAAUGUGACUUAUGCUUUGAACGAAAGUUAGAACUUCUUAAACAUCAGAAAAUCCAUACUGGAGAUAAACCUUAUCAAUGUCUGGAAUGUGGGAAAUGUUUCCAUGCAAAAUCCACUCUCAGGGACCACAAGAGAAUUCACACGGGGGAGAAACCUUACAAAUGUUGGGAAUGUGGGAAGAGCUUUUCUCAGAAGUCAGGUCUUUGGGGCCAUGAGAAGAUUCAUUCAGGAAUAAAAUCUUACAAAUGCUUUGAGUGUGGGAAAUGUUUCACCCUGAGAACAUAUCUUCUUAGUCAUGAGAAAACACACAGAAGGGAGAAAAAGAAAAAAACUUACAAAUGUUUUGCAUGUGGAAAUUGUUUCACGCAGAGUUCAGCUCUUCGGAGUCAUUGGAAAACACACAGAGGGGAGAAAAAUGUAAAGUGCCUCGAAUGUGGGAAAUACUUUUCCAGUAAAUCAACCCUGGGGCGACAUCAAAAAAUUCACACCGGAGACAGACCCUUUGAAUGCCCAGAAUGUGGGAGAAGAUUUAUGUAUUCUUUUGAACUUCGGACACAUCAGAAAAGUCACAAAGGGGAGGAACCCUAUAAAUGUGGGGAGUGUGGGAAGGGUUUUCUUACACGAAAAGACAUGCAUAAUCAUGAGAGAACCCACACAGGGGAGAAGCCAUACAAAUGUUUGGAGUGUGAGAAAUGCUUUUCCCGAAAAGACACCCUUAGAAUGCAUGAGAGGAUCCAUACAGGCAUGAAGCCAUACGGAUGCAUAGAAUGUGGGAAAUCUUUUGCUUAUAAGGAAGUACUUUGGAGACAUCAGCAAAUUCACACCGGGGAGAAGCCCUUUAAAUGCAUCGAAUGUGGACAAUUUUAUCGUACCACAUCAAACCUUAGAAAUCAUAUAAAAAUUCACACGGGGGAAAAAAGUUAUAAAUGUUUAGAGUGCGGGAAAACAUUUGCGCGGCCAGCUCACCUUACAAAUCACAGCCGAAUCCAUUCGGGAGAGAAGCCCUUUAAAUGCUCGGAGUGCAAUAAAUGUUUUUCUCGGAAAGAUACUCUCUCGAAGCAUCAGCGAAUGCACUCUGGAGAAAAACCAUAGAAAUGUUCAGAUUGUGGGAAAGGUUUUGCCCAACCUUCAUCCCUUCAUAUGCACAACCGAAAUCACACUGGAGAGUAGCCUAACAACUGGGCGGGGUGUGAGAAAACCUUUUUUGUUACAAAUCACAGCUAAAAAUGCAUCAGAAAGUCCAUAGCAGAGAUACAUCUCCUGAAUUAUGAACACACUUUCUUUUUUCAGAGGUCACACCUUACCAGGCAUUUCACACAGUGACAGAAGGGAGCUCUGCACUGGGAUAGGAAAUCCUGUUUUAGGGGUCAAAUAAAACUUUUAAGGUUUCUUUGAAGUUUUGUUUUCAUUGGAACUGUAUGAGAGUACAUAAUCAUCUGGCCUGAGAUUUUUUUUUUUUAAAUGUUUUAGUCUAUUGUCCAGCCUUAAUAAAAGAAUUUACGCUA